AUGGAUAGAAGGGACGGUUCUUCACCACCGCAGCCGAAGACGGAUGCUGUUGAUUCGACCAAUCGAAAAAGCUCGCCGGAUUCUUUUUCGGAUGCUGAGAAGGUUGAGAAAAAGCCUGGAGGCUGGAGAGCCGUCACGUUCAUUUUAGGAAAUGAAACGCUCGAGAGACUGGGUACGAUUGGGUUGUUGUCAAACUUCAUGGUGUAUCUAACCAGAGUGUUCCAUUUGGAACAAGUCACCGCUGCAAAUGUCAUCAACAUUUGGUUUGGUUUCACCAAUCUCACACCUCUCGUUGGCGCUUUUAUCUCAGACGCUUACGUCGGACGUUUCAAGACCAUCGCUUUCGCGUCAUUCGCCACCCUCCUCGGACUAGUGACACUGACACUCACAGCAUCGCUUCCUCAACUCCAUCCAGCAACAUGCAAUAGUAAAGAUCCAGUCGAUUGCAGCGGUCCAAACAAGCUCCAGUUCGGAACUUUGUUCUUAGGUCUCGGUUUCCUGUCCAUAGGGACGGGAGGAAUAAGACCAUGUAGCAUCCCUUUUGGAGUUGACCAGUUUGACCAACGAACUGAGGAAGGGGUUAAAGGAGUGGCUAGUUUCUUCAACUGGUAUUACCUGACUUUCACUGUGGUUAUGCUUAUUACACAGACCGUGGUUGUGUAUAUUCAGGACCAAGUCAGCUGGAUCAUUGGCUUUAGUAUCCCUACUGGACUCAUGGCUUGUGCCUUGGUUAUGUUUUUCGCUGGAAUGAGGCUUUACAUCUAUGUUAAACCUGAAGGAAGUAUUUUCUCCAGUAUCGCUCAAGUUAUCGUGGCAGCUCGUAAGAAGCGAAAGAUGAAGCUCUCGGCGGAAAAUGACGGCACUGUGACAUACUAUGACCCUCCCGUUAAAGACAACGUGCUACACAAGUUACAACAUAGUAACCAAUUCAGGUUUCUUGACAAAGCAGCUGUGAUUCAAGAAGGGGACCUAACACCAGAGGGGGUUCCAGCGAACAAGUGGCGGCUAUGCAGCAUUCAAGAAGUAGAGGAAGUAAAGUGUUUGAUCCGUAUAAUUCCUGUUUGGUCGGCCGGAAUAAUAUCACUCACGGCAAUGUCACAACAAGGAACGUUCACAGUCUCUCAAGCUUUGAAAAUGGACCGACACAUGGGUCCAAAAUUCGAGGUUCCAGCCGGUUCUCUUUCCGUCAUUUCUCUCCUCACCAUCGGCAUCUUUCUUCCCUUAUACGACCGGGUUCUAGUCCCCUUACUCCGCCGCAUCACCGGCCAUAAAUCCGGUAUCACACUCCUCCAACGUAUAGGGACAGGGAUCGUUUUCGCCAUCCUUUCCAUGAUCGUUGCUGGCCUUGUGGAGCGUGUGAGACGCACACGCUCCAUCAAGGCCGGUGAUCCGACCGGUAUGACUCCGAUGUCCGUGUUUUGGCUCUCGCCGCAGCUAAUUCUGAUGGGACUAUGUGAAGCAUUCAAUAUAAUAGGACAGAUUGAGUUCUUCAACAGUCAGUUUCCGGAACACAUGAGAAGCAUUGCUAACGCUCUCUUCUCUUUGUCCUUUGCCGGAUCCAGCUAUCUUAGCAGUUUUGUAGUAACGACUGUUCAUAAAUUCUCUGGUGGUCAUGACCGUCCUGAUUGGCUCAACAAGAAUCUCAACGCGGGAAAAUUGGAUUACUUCUACUAUCUGAUCGCGGUUUUGGGUGUGGUUAAUAUGGUUUACUUUUGGUAUUGUGCUAGGGGAUACAGGUACAAGGUCGGUUCACAGAUGGGAGAUUUCAAGGAGGAGAAGAGUUUUUCUGAUGUUGAGAUGAGUUCCAAAAGCAACAAGUAG